AUGCGUGAUGCCUUGAAAGCCACCUCUUCACAUAAGCUCCACAUGCCCCAAUUCCCUUGUCGUCACCUGCCAAUGCACUAUUUCAUUUCCAAGAGGUAUUGCUUCUACAAGGAUGAAAUACUGUUCAACCCUCCACUUGUAGAGUCUCCAAACGUCCACAACUACCCCGAUAUGGAAGCUGUUCCCCUGUUGCUAAAUAAUGUGAAAGGGGAGCCCCCAGAGGACUCAUUGCCUGUAGAUCACUUCCAGACACAAACUGAGCCAGUGGACUUGUCAAUCAACAAAGCCAGGACCUCCCCUACCACAGUUGCAUCCUCCCCAGUCUCCAUGACAGCGUCUGCCUCCUCACCUUCUUCAACUUCAACCUCUUCAUCAUCUUCUAGUCGUCCAGCCUCAUCCCCCACUGUUAUAACAUCAGUAUCUUCAGCAUCGUCUUCGUCAACAGUGUUAUCUCCAGGACCUCUUGUUGCCUCUGCAUCUGGUGUGGGCGGCCAGCAGUUUUUGCACAUCAUCCAUCCUGUCCCACCUUCCAGUCCCAUGAACUUACAGUCUAACAAACUCAGUCAUGUUCAUCGAAUCCCUGUGGUGGUACAGUCAGUUCCAGUUGUCUACACAGCUGUACGGUCACCUGGAAAUGUGAACAACACUAUUGUUGUGCCACUCCUGGAGGAUGGGAGAAGCCAUGGCAAAGCACAAAUGGACCCCCGAGGCCUAUCUCCCAGACAAAGUAAAAGUGACAGUGAUGAUGAUGACCUGCCAAAUGUGACCUUAGAUAGCGUUAAUCAAACUGGAUCCACGGCCCUUUCCAUAGCCAGAGCAGUACAAGAGGUACAUCCAUCCCCAGUAUCCAGGGUCCGGGGAAACCGAAUGAGUAACCAGAAGUUUUCUUGUUCAAUCUCACCAUUUAGUAUUGAGAGCACAAGACGCCAGAGACGAUCAGAAUCGCCGGACUCCAGGAAGCGGCGCAUCCACAGAUGCGACUUUGAAGGAUGCAACAAAGUGUACACGAAAAGUUCCCACCUGAAGGCACACCGGAGAACCCACACAGGAGAGAAGCCCUACAAAUGCACGUGGGAAGGCUGCACCUGGAAGUUUGCCCGUUCGGAUGAACUGACCAGGCAUUACCGCAAACACACGGGAGUGAAGCCAUUCAAGUGCGCAGACUGUGAUCGCAGCUUCUCAAGGUCAGACCACCUGGCGCUGCACCGUAGGAGGCACAUGCUGGUCUGAGGAAGGCUCCCAUCCAGCUAGGCAUAAGAGCUGGGUCUCUUGAGGAGCAACUAACUCAGCAGGGCUGAGCCCCCUCUACAGUGUUAACGUCAAGGGCACCGUCAUCCCAUGGUGUCUGAAACCAGAGCAGGAACAAGAAGGAACCCUUCCCCUUUCAGCCUGAAGGUAACCCCCCAUCAUGACCACGCGCAAGGGAGCUGUCUGUGAGCACGCUGCCUGGGAGUUCAGCGCCUCGGGUCCUGAAGAGACAGGCAUUGUUUUUCAUGCUAUGUCCUCUGCCACUGAAAAGAUGUUUGUAGCUUGUACAUUUUCCGAGCUGGCAGACACUCUGCUAUCAAUCCCUUACAGGUCAUCUACCAAAAAUUGAUGGUUAGAGAAGACCUCAGUUUGGAUGAUUCUUCCACGGCACCUCCCCAGCCCAAACCCUUUAGACAAAACUUUCAGUUCCUAUCUCAGUAAGCCAGAACACACAUCCAGCCCGGUACCAGCAAGCAGCAUGAACUAGGAAGGAAGGGGCUUUUGGAGAUGCUCCAUUCCCCAAACAGAAAGGCACACAGAAAUAGCCCUCUGUGCUAGCCAUGGCGGACCUAGAUAGCACUCACACCUUGUCCUCAUGCCAUCCCCCGAAGAGAACCAACAUUGAGUCUUUUCAUUUGUUUGUCGUUGCUCGUUUUUGUUCUGUUUCAAUUAUGUUUUGUUCAUCUGUUUCAGCAGAGGAGCAGAGCAGUUUCUCAAAAGCUAGUCCUGCUCUGCCCUAGCAUGGACUGGCAGAGGUGUUGUGUAGUUGAAUAGGAAGAGCCUGUCUAAAAUAACAAUAACAACAAUAAUAAUCAUAACUACUGCCCCACUUUUCACAUUGCAGUGUUCUGUCACCUAGGCAUCAUCUCUGCCUGCCCUUAGUGUUUGAUUACAAGGAAUCAAGGGGGAGGGGGACUUUCUUAGACACAGUGGCACCAAGGAAAGGGGUGGGACUGCCCAUGCAAAGACAGUGCACAUGAAAAUGAGACAGAGCAGAGAUGGAAAUAAUGCUCCUCUCGGGAAGAAAAGCAAUAAUGAACAGAAGGACUUUCCUACAAUAACUCCACUGAGGACUCACGUUACCAAUUUUCGUACUCACUAAAGGGAUUGUAAAAAACACCCCGGCAUUUCAGAUGUCUUAGUUACAUCCACAGCACUGAGGUAAUCUCUCCGCUGUUUGUUGUCCUACUUGCUCCAGGAGUACCACAAUUAAAGAUCAUGCUCCCCUUUCUCGUUUGAAAACAGUUAUUUGGUGACCAGAUAGUGGCAGAGCUGAAGAUUAACUCUUCAGCCAUUCGGUCUGUUUGGAGUGGGCAUGAGUCCGUGGAAAGCCCGCCAUGGUGGUGCUGCUUCAACUCGGAGAGACAAGGGUCCGACUCUCCCUUGGAUUCUUCUCUACACAUUUCACUUUUUAAACUGUGCCAGAGUCCCUGUGCUACCACAUCGGCAUCCACGGGGACAGGCAACCUGCUUAUCCUGGAGAAGGAUGAGAAAGUUAGGUUCCAUUGCCCCUCCCAAGUGAAGAGCCUUUUGUAUCUAGCAAAAAAAAAAAAAAAAAAAAAUACAGGAAAAGCAAUACAUCCCCAACAAGCACUCUUUCUAAUACAGUAACAUAUUUUUGUCCCCACUGAAAGCUGUUGUUUUCCCAGCUUUGUGUGGCAAGUGGGCUUGGUGAGAUUUUUGUUGUUCAGAUUUUUUUUAUAGCUUAACUAUAAAAGGUCUCCAGCCUAGACCUUUGCAAUAUAUUUCAAUGACAGAUGCUUGAUUUGGGAAAUCGCACAAAUUAACCUCAUAAUAUUGCUAGCUCCUUUUGAAAUGUCUGCACAUUCUGAAAGGGGGUCUGGUGACAGAGUUAUCCUUUAUAGUAUCCGCUUCUAAUCUGGGUAAUUGUAUUCUGACAAAGCAAAACUAUAAACACUACAAGAAGAACUAUUUGUGUUGGAGAGCAUAUAAAGGAAUUUUAAUAAAUGUUCAGGCAAAAGUAUCAUGAUUUACAGAUCAAGUCCCAGCUUCAAAAAUAUGUGCUCUAUAUUUUCUGCCAGAUCUGAAAAAUUCAUCAGGCAUUUUCCCUCCAACAAGGGCUGCAGUUGUAUUGAUAAAUAGCUUCAGCUACACAGGCUGGUACCCAUCAGCCAGUGGGAUUUUUUUUUAACCAAUGGAAACAUUUUUUUAAUCUGUACUGUAUACACUUCUUACUUCUCAUUGCCUGUUAUCAUUCAGAAUAAAAACAGGUUUCCUGAUGCAUGCCAGCAUUAGUAACUGGCCAGGGCAAAGAGCGCAGACAGUAAACAACCAUGGUCUCCCCAAGCCCAAGAGCUGGCAGCAGAGCCAGGUUGGCAGGUAGUAGGGGAGUCACUCUAUUGAAGUUUAGAUUUGGCUUAGUUUGGUCUGCUCUCAUCAGAGCCAGUCUCUGUACUGAGAGACAUCUUGCAAGUUUUCCAGGUAGACUUCAUUGAACUGACAGGCACAGGAAGCUUCCUGAGUGACAUCUUGAUUUAAAUUUAGCACAGAACUAAAUGAGUUGCACCUAUCAGCUUAGGGAAGACUUGGGGAAGCCAGCUUCCCCCGUGGCUCCCUGUAAGUGGGAAGCAUCCUGAGAUGGUAAGAUCACUGAUAAAAUCUGCCAUCAUCACAGCAUUCCCCUCCAUUUGACUUAUCGAUAUUUUUAGAAAGGAUCUAAGCACAAAUGAACAUGUCCCUGAUCUGGCCCAAGAACUGAAACUUACUUGGAACUCAUCUGGGGGAUGUAGCCAGUUCUCCUUGAUGAGUUUCCUAGACAUGUUCCUGUGUAACAGCAAGUGGUUUGGGACUGAAGGAAAUGGGGUAUCCUUAGGCACAGAAAAGCCUCCGCCCAUUUCCUGUGCAUAUCUCGAUUCUUGAAAAGCACAGUGCAUGAUAAACUAUCAAAAAGGGGAAAGGACUAAAGGACAGUUUGGCGUUUCCUAGCCAGAGCACACUUGGGCUUCAAAUCGGAAGUGGUUCAGCUUGCAGCUAGGGAGAUUGUGUAUGGGUGGUAACCCCUGGCACACACAACAGGGAGGACUGAUUAUCUCCUUGCACUGGGAAGACUAAUGACAAGGGAACUGGGCUGUUUGAGGGUUUGCAGAGAGUUCCUUAUAUUCCAAUCUUAAGUUGUUUAGAGAGAAAGUUCCCAUUCCGCUCCAGCCUCCUGCUGUCGAUUGCUUUGGACACUGUUUGAUUUUAAGUUCUUUUAUGGCAUUUAGAAAGAGGUUCCUGAUGGCUUUACCACGGAAAUUACACUACUGCCUUUACAAAACACAUACUGGUUUUGUUUUCAAAAGUCGAGAAACUUUGGGCAGCGGCAGUGUCGUAGCCAAUAAGGUUCAUCCGAGGCAGGAUGAUUGCUGAUUGAAAAAGUUGAGUGUCAGUUACAUGAGUACAAUGAGCACUUUUAAAUAUAACCCUAAAGUUUUAAUGGGAAAAAAAGAAGACGAGUCAGGGUAGGUGCUCUCAAAAUGCUUCGAUGUUUACAAACGGAAGUUCUGGGUGAUUAGAAAAGCUAUGUUUAUUGUGGGUGGGAUUUGGAAUAAUAGCUCAUGUAAAGACUGUGUUCAUUUUUUUUUUUUUACAUUUUUACAACUUGCUUAACUUCAAAUUGUCAUUUGUGUCUGAAAUGGAACCGUAAGUCUGCACUUUGAGAUCAGCUCCCUAGAAUGAUAGCAUGUAUAACGAUAAAGAUGCAGUACUCCUUAGUCUGUGCUUUGUUUCUUUUAUGUACCAAAGCUGGUGAGGUGAGGCCUUCAGUUGUGCUAGUAAGCCUCUGUUUUCUUAUUACGACUGCCUAGAAAUGGAGCUGAGAUGUUGUCUCAGGCUGUCUUAUAGCUUUUAUACUGAGAAGUCAUAGAACUGAAGCAGUGUCAACACCAGCAACCAUGCCGUCCGCAUAGAAAGUGUGAACUAAUGUUGACGAACCACCACAGGCCCAGGAAGCCUUAAACCUCAUAGUUCAGAACCCAUUCUCAUUAAGUUUAUCACAUAAAUGUAUGCCAUUGGCCAAAGCUCUUCCUUGACUUUUUCUGAGGUUGCCUAUCCCACAGAAGUGAUUAGACCUGGUUUAGUCUAGGGAAGAGGUUUGACCAGUCAUGUCUUCCACCUUCCAUUUCUACUUAUUCCCACACUGCCUUUCACUUCCCUGGAUGGACCCCCCAAUACACGCACACACCGGCACAUGCAGCAGCCAGCAGGCGAGUACAAUAUCCACCAAGGACUUUUUUAAAAGAAACAAUUUGUAAUGAUCCAUACUAUGUAGAAAUGUAAGUUAUUACCUGACUAGAGAAUCAGCUUAUAAUACUAUGUAACUUUGCCUGCAUUUUAUAGUUAAGAAAUGUAUGUAUAUAAAAAAUUUAAAAUGCUAUAUUUUCACAAUUUCAUUAUAGAGUAAUGUCUGUUUAGCAAACCAUGCCCAUUGGUAUUUUAAAUA